AUGAACCCUGGUGGUAGUGGUGGGUUGUCGUUGUCGUCGAACGCCGGAAACCACCACAACGUCCAGCAUGUGAUACCGCCAGCGCAAUCCCGCCCAGUCCAAGGGUUCGGCGUGGUCGAACCGUCGAAGGGACAGCCCCUACCUCACCUAGACCGAGCCUCCAUCUCGCGACGCCGCGCGACGCCGUGCGACCCCAUCUUCGAGACGACCCCAGUCCCGCCCAGCCGAAGGUCAAGGUGCAGCAUCCCGUUCGUCCCCCGCCCCGUAUCGCCCCCCUUCUUCUUCUUCUUCUUCUUCUUCUUCAUCAAGUCAGGGCUUGGUACAGCUACAUCCACACGAAACGCGUCUUCAUCGUCUGCCCUUCUUUUCGCCUGGUUUUCAGGCGUCGCAGCGGCUGCACCAUGA